UUUUAUUAAUUUAUAUAAAAGUAAAGGGAAAAAAAAUGGUUUAGAUAUAAAUUUGUAUAUAUGCGUUAUAUUUUCAUUUCACUUGACGAGCUUAGAUAAUUUGUUUUGAAGGUGACAAACAACAGCACACCACACAGCAGCGCAUUUUCUUGUUCUUGUUCUUCUUCUAGUUGUUUCCAAUGGAAAAGCUGGAACACCUCAAAUCUGCCGUCGCUGCUCUUUCUGAAAUCAGUGAAAAUGAGAAAAACGGAUUCAUCAACCUUGUCUCCCGCUAUCUCAGUGGAGAAGCUCAGCACAUAGAGUGGAGUAAGAUCCAGACUCCAACUGAUGAAGUGGUUGUUCCUUAUGACACCUUGUCUCCCUCUCCUGAUGAUCCUGCUGAAACCAAGAAGCUCUUGGACAAACUUGUUGUCUUAAAGCUUAAUGGAGGUCUUGGAACCACUAUGGGAUGUACUGGUCCCAAAUCCGUCAUUGAAGUUCGCAAUGGCUUGACUUUUCUUGACCUAAUUGUUAUUCAGAUCGAGAAUCUUAAUUCUAAAUACGGAUGUAAUGUUCCGUUGGUUCUGAUGAACUCAUUCAACACCCAUGAUGACACAUUGAAGAUUGUCGACAAGUACUCAAAUUCAAACAUUGAGAUUCAUACUUUCAAUCAGAGCCAAUAUCCUCGUCUGGUUGUUGAAGAUUUUGCUCCAUUACCAAGCAAAGGCCAGCAUGGCAAGGAUGGAUGGUAUCCUCCUGGUCAUGGUGAUGUGUUCCCAUCUCUAAUGAACAGUGGCAAGCUUGAUGCUUUCUUAUCACAGGGCAAGGAGUAUGUCUUCGUUGCAAACUCAGACAAUCUGGGUGCUAUUGUUGACUUGAAAAUCUUAAACCAUUUGGUCCAAAACAAGAAUGAAUAUUGUAUGGAGGUUACACCCAAAACCCUAGCUGAUGUCAAGGGUGGUACUCUUAUUUCUUAUGAAGGAAAAGUUCAGCUCCUUGAAAUUGCUCAAGUCCCUGAUGAACAUGUCAAUGAGUUCAAGUCUAUAGAAAAGUUUAAAAUUUUCAAUACAAACAAUUUGUGGGUCAACCUGAAUGCUAUCAAGAGGCUUGUGGAAGCUGAUGCACUCAAGAUGGAGAUCAUUCCAAACCCGAAGGAGGUCAAUGGAAUCAAGGUUCUUCAACUGGAAACUGCAGCUGGUGCAGCAAUUAGGUUCUUUGAUCAUGCUAUUGGUAUCAACGUACCUCGAUCGCGAUUCCUUCCUGUGAAGGCAACUUCAGAUUUGCUUCUUGUUCAGUCUGACCUUUACACCUUAGUUGAUGGAUUUGUUAUCCGGAAUAAAGAUAGAGCGAAUCCUACAAACCCAUCCAUAGAAUUGGGGCCUGAAUUCAAGAAGGUUGGUAACUUCUUAAGUCGAUUCAAGUCGAUUCCGAGCAUCAUUGAGCUUGAUAGUCUUAAGGUGACUGGUGAUGUUUGGUUUGGUGCUGGCAUUGUGCUCAAGGGGAAAGUGAGUAUCGCUGCAAAACCCGGGGUGAAGUUGGAGAUUCCUGAUGGAGCUGUAAUUGAGAACAAGGAAAUUAAUGGCCCCGAAGACAUCUGAGAGAGGCCUGUCUACCAGCUUAAGUUUCCCCGAUUUUGGUGUGUUGCAGUAGAUAACGAACGCAUCUUUUAUAUAAAUAGGAAGUAAAAUAAAAUAAAAAAACUUGGAACAGAAGUAGUAUUUGCGUUUUAUAUCACAUAUAUAUGUUGUAUGUCUUGCGGGAGUUUCCCUUGAAUUACUAUUUUUCGAGGUAUGAUGAAAAACAGUGUUCUGAA